UUCCAGUAAUAAUUCUACUCUGAUGCUUAAUGAAUAUAAUCAAACUCAAAGGGAUGGCGAAGAACCAUCAACUAAAUGUUCUGAACGAGCACUACCAAUUACCAAGCCUACUUCAGCUCCAGUCCCUACUCACCAGCAAGACGCAGUCAAUCAAGUUAACCAACCACGACUCCGCGAUGUUUUCUUUAUCUCAGAGAAAUGUUUGACAUAUAACAUUCCGAACGAUCAUCGCGAUUAUCUCACGGUUAUGGUUAACAACUAUUCUCAUACGGUUUUACUCGAUGGUGGAGCCGAAGUCACAGUCAUUUCACAAACAUUUUAUGAGAAGUGCAUAUGGGGGCAGUUGCAACCUACCAAAACCUCCAUUGGUCUUGCCGAUAAUUCGAUUUCUUUUAAGGCCAUUGGUAAAGUGGAUGUAUUAUAUACGGUCGGUAGUCUUACGAGACUGGUGCCAACUCUUGUCGUACCUAUCUCACUGAAACACCCAAUUAUGGGACGGGCAUUCCUUGGGGCCUUCUAUUUCGAACUGGUGCAGAACCAAGAGAAAGUUCAACGAUUUUUAAAACAUACAGCCAAAGGUGAUACUGAAGAUGUUGCAUCCGCUAAAGUCGAAAUGGUUACGGCGGAUAAAUUUAUUAAUUUUUGUAACCAGCCACCAGGGAGUGGGGAAGAGCAAGCUCAGGUAUCUUCUAUGAGUAAUGAUCUGGAGCCAAUUGACGCUUCCACACUCGGUUUAGAGGGUGAACAAGAUACCCCAAAAAUAACGAGCGUCAGCCUUCCACAUAGUCUCCCCAGAUCAAAGACAAAUGUUGGACGCCGUUCUCAGACUUUUUAAUCCAACUCCUGAGUCUGGUCCUUUAAAUAUCACUAAUCAGAUCGAACACGUAAGUGAUACGGGUGAUGCAAAACCCGUCAUGAAACGCCGGUAUCCAGUAUCGCCAUAUGUGGCUGAACAAGUUCAAGCCGAAUUGGAUAAAAUGCGUAGUCGUGACAUCAUUAUGACCAUCGAAGAAAGCCCUUGGCGGUCACCAAUUCUGGCUGUAAAGAAGAAAGACGGAAGGUGUCGCGUGUGCUUGGACGCGAGAGAGCUGACUAAAAUCCAUUCCUAAUGCCUAUCCAAUUACGGAUACAAACCAAAUUUUAGCACGACUAAAGUCACGACCUAACCAGUAUUGAUCUGUCUCAAGCUUUCUUUCAAAUUCCUUUGGCAAAAUCGAGUCAACUGAAAACCGCUUUUGCAUUCGGUAACAGACUUUAUGCUUUUUGUCGCAUGACGAUGGGGUUGAGAAAUUCACCCGCCACGUUAGCCAUUCUCAUUGAAAAAAUUUUCGGUGAUUUGGUUCCACAUGCAUUCGCAUAUGCGGAUGAUUUCAUAAUUUGCACUUCGACGUUUGAAGAACACGUUAAAAUAUUGGCUAUUGUUGCAAAACGUCUGGCUGGGGCCGGCUUAACCAUCUCAACCUCCAAAUCGAAUUUUUGUUGUAAACGAUUCGAAUUCCAGGGUUACGUUUUGUUUCAAGAGGGUCUAUCUGCGAAUCCAUCUCGUAUUCGAGCUAUUGUUGCAUUUUCACGACCCAAAACGGCAAAAGAAGUCAGACGGUUCGUUGGUGCAGCAGGCUGGUACCGUAAAUUUAUUCCAAAUUUUUCGGAGAUCACAGCUCCCCUUUGUGAAUUGUAUAAAGGAAACCGAAAAGGAC